AAAGAAUUAAUAGAAUCGAUUGAUCUAUCGUAUAAUCAAAUUAAUGCAAUAUCUGAUGGACUGCUUAGAAUAACAAAACACUUAGAUUUGAGUAGAAAUAAGCUGAGAAUAUUUCCUGCCUCACUGCUUAAAAUGAUUGCAAAUAUGACAAGGAUUAGAAAUGCAAAACCCUCAGAAAUUAUUCAACUUGAUUUAACCGACAAUCCUAUGGUAUGGCCCCCGUCUAAUAUUGUUGAAGCUGGUAUUAACGCUAUGAUCGAGUACUAUUUAGAAUCAAAAACUGAGAUACAAUCAUAUUAUGGCAUAAAGACAAUGUUUUUAGGUGCUAAAAAUUCUGGGAAAACCAGCCUGGCUAUGAGUAUCCUCGACAGACAAACACGUAUGACGGAGAGCAUAGAAGAGAUAACCUACAGUAUUGAUUCUUAUAUGAUACAUUAUGAUGCUCUAGAGCUGACACCAAAAGUAUGCAAAAGUCAGUCAGAUAAUGAAACACUGACAAAGUCACAAACAAUGAACACUCGUCCAACAACUAUAACUUUAUGGGAUUGUUCUGGACAUAUGGCUUAUACACCAUUGAUCUCUUUUUUCACUUCCUUAUCAACUGUCGUUACAAUUCUAGUCGAUAUUACAAAGUUUCAGUAUAAUUCAUCUGGUGCAGACAAUAUAAACAGUAUUAAAAGCUCUGAGAGUUACUUUUACAAGUCAAUUGGUAUCUGGCUUGACCUUGUUAUGUAUCGAUUGAACUUUCUCAAGGUUAUUCUACUCGCGACUAAAUGUGAUCUGAUAUCCUCUGAAACAGAAUUAGACCAACGAAUGAAACAGUUAUACAGUCAAACAUCGAAUUAUUUAAAAACACGACAUUUUUGGUUAAAAGAUCAAAUUACCCGCAUAGAAUCAUCGAUUCAAAUAUCACAGGCUACUUCACAUUACUAUGAACACUUAAAUAAUAUUUAUGAAAAUGCCUACAUUUCCAUUUAUCCUAAUGUGAUCCCAAUCAAUUUAAAAAAGCCUUCAAAUCCCGCGCUAAUCAAUUUCGAUCAAUUAUGCUUUACACUGUUUGAUUUUGUGAUUAAAACGCCUACGCAUUUACCUGUUUGUUUAGCUGCAUUACCACAUAUAUGGUCUGAUAUUGAAAUGUAUUUAGAGGAUAUAAAGCAUAAUUAUAAUUCAAAUUUAAACAAGCUUAAUAAUGAAGUGAAUGCAUGCAUUCUGCCUAAAGCAUAUUUUAGUCAAUUAUUACAAAAUAAAUUUAAUUUGAAUGCCAUAAAUUUAAAACAAUUACUUAUUUAUUUGAAUAAUACAGGGAGAAUAUUAAUUCCUGAUGCUUUUUUAUCGAAAGAAGAGGAGAAAUAUUACACUACAAUGAUGAAAUCAUUUACUCGACCGUAUCCAAAGUCCUAUGUGAUAAUCGAUUGUGAUUUAUUUCUUGAAUCGGUUAAAUAUUUAAUCCAUCCUAAUCUCCUGUCUAUCAUUGAUACAACAAUUCAACGUAAUAAUAAUAAUAAUAAAGCACAGUAUAAAGAUCCUUGUGUACCUGAAACAUUUCAUAAAGAAUUACUUAGACACUUUUAUUCAGCUACACGACAAGGUGCAAUCAGUCGAUUAGCACAAAGUUGUUCAGAGUUGAAUAAAGGUUCAGGGAUUGUAAGCGCUUAUUUAUGGAUUGCAUUAGUGGAGUAUAAUAAUUUAUAUGUGACAAAAAAUAAUCGUGAUAUUGGAAAGUCAUAUGUUGAAAUAUUGUGGAGAUGGUUGGAGUUGGCUUAUCCAGUACCUGAACCAGAAUUGUUUGCAAAUUUUGACUCUGACUUGACACGAACUGAUAUAUCACCAGAUGGGAUGCAAUCACCAACAUGGAAAUUCAAGUAUUUUCCAUCUCCUAAAGAAUUGGCUUUAGCUUGUGGCAUUAUAUCCUACAACGAUCAGUCAUCAGAAUUACAUGAAAAUCAAUCAGAUACAGAUCACAGUGACGAUAUGGAUACUCGUCAGUCACCUACAAAUCAUCAAAUUCAAGAGAUGAUUUGUUCAGAACAAUUACCAGCUUUAUGCUUUCCAUGCCUAAUUCCCCAGAACUGUACCACUCCAAUGGAUGAAAUGAGCAUUAAUCUAUGGGAGAUGGUUUGUCGGGUUGGACCAAGGCCAGUUAUCUUUGUAUAUCGUUUUUCUUAUGGUAUACCUCAAGAAUUAUUUGAUAAGGCUACAGUACGCUUGAAUUGGCCAGAAUACUUUAAAUUUCGAUAUACAGCACACUGGAAGACUGGUGUACAAAUGAUCAACAGUUCAAAUCGUAUAGUAGUCAGAUUUUUGUCAGUAAAUCAACCGAAUGAAGAUUGUUUAAUCAAGUUUGAAUUUCGUGGACUUCCACGAACAAAUGUUGAGUCAAAUUUAAUUGGCAAUCAAAGUCAACAAAAUGAUACUAUGCAAAAUGCAGAACAAACUGAGAAAGAAGUAAAUUAUAUUCCAGACAAAUCUGGUAUUUCUGAGGUAAUAUCCUCUAAAGAUCAUAAAGACAGGAUGCAUUAUAAACGUAAACAAAAACAUCAUUGGCAUAACUGGCCUAUUUCAGAAAGUGAUCUCUGGGAACUUAUGUUACCUUUGUUAAAAGAGUUUGAUGGAGUUCUGUUGGGAUAUAAAGGUCUAUGCUACAAACGUGUUAUGGAAUGCCCAAAAUGCAAUGAACUGACUUUUUCAGGUGAAUGGUUAACACCUCAAGAAGCACAAACAGUGAAUUAUCGUAAAUGUCCAGCAUGUGCUCAUAGGAUACCAAGUUGUCUUGUUGCUCCACCAGAAAGUGGAUUAGAAUAUAAGCGUAAAUCAAAGUCAAAAAGAAAGAAUAAAAAGCAUCAGAAAUCACGAAAAUAAUCCAUGCGUGAUUUUUUCUUGUUCUUGUGUUUUUACUUGCUCAAAUAUAUUUCUACUUUUGUACAGAAUAUAUUAUCACUU